AUGAAUGCUACGCUCUCAAGUUAUGAUAGGAAAUCCUUCUCUACAUCUAAACCAAUUACUCCUCCUAUUAUUCAUAAAACCAUUUCAACUUUUGGCGUCCAAGAAAUACCUUUCACUGGAAAUCCUUUUACAUGGUCUAAUCAUCGCAAACAAAGCCAAUAUGUAACCACCAGACUAGAUAGAGCCUUAUCUACAACAGAAUGGUUAUCCAUUUUUCCAGAUGCAAUUCUUUAUAACCUUAUCCCAAUUUGUUCGGAUCAUUCUCCCAUAUUAUUAAACACCAAUUCAAAAACAUCCAAUCUUUAUAAACCUUUCAGGCUAUAUGAAACUUGGACAAAACAUCCUACUUUCAAGGCUAUGAUUCAAGAUUCUUGGGAGAUAACGCACUCUGAUGAUCAUAUUCAAGAGGUUAAACAUCAACCCAGGAAGUCACAAAAUCGUCCUCAGGGGAAUGAGCAACUUAUAGAACAACUUCAGCAACAAUUGCAACAUUGGUACCAGGUCAAAGCAGAUAUAAGGUUUCAACAGGCUCUUGAAAAGGUCUUACAGAAUCAAGAUAGAAAUUCAAAGGUUUUUCAUGCUAGCGUUAAUUAUAGAAGACGUCGUAAUCAGAUUGACUCUAUUAAAGAUGAGGCAGGCAAAUGGUAUAGCUCUAGACAAGAAAUUGAAGGGCUAUUACUGGCUCAUUUUGGUUCUAUAACAACUACUUCUAAUCCAGUCCAACAGUCUUAG